AUGAUUGGCGACUUGAGUGGAUAUCCAUUCAAAGACAUCAUCGAUGCAGAGGGUGCAAUUGUGACACCUGGAGGUGUUGAUGCCCAUGUUCAUUUAACCGAGCCUUUGGAUCUUUUUGGUAAAAUUUCAGACGACUUUGAAGCUGGUACAAGGAGCGCUGUCGCCGGUGGAACUACAACUAUUAUAGCUUUUGCAUCGCAAGAUCCAAAUGAUGAUGGAAAUGAUGCCUUACUUAAUUCAGUAAAUAAUUGCAAAGAUCACUGCAGUAAAAAUUUAUAUUGCGAUUACGGUUUGCAUUUAAUAAUGUUCAAAAUUAAGAAGACUAAUCUUGAGGAGCAAUUGAUAGUCUUAGCAGAGAAAGGAGGGGUUACAAGUAUCAAAUUAUACAUGACAUAUCCGAAGUUACAACUCAGGGAUUAUGAUCUUAUGACUGCCUUGAAUAUAGCAAGAAAAUGUGGCAUCACUGUUAUGUUGCAUGCUGAAAAUGGGGAUAUGAUUCAAUGGAUGAUCGAUUCCCUUGAGGAGCAAGGAAAGACAGAUCCUUAUUUCCAUGCGGUGUCGCGACCUUCUAUCUUUGAGGGUGAGGCUACAAACCGGGCAAUCGUGAUGUCUGAAGCAUUGGAUGCACCUUUGUUGUUCGUGCAUGUUUCUGCACCGGAAGCAAUCAAAGCAAUUCACAAUGCUCAAUCAAGAGGUUUGAAAAUUUUUGCGGAAACCUGUCCUCAAUACAUUCUUUUGAAAUCGGCAGAUUUGAAACAAAUUCACUGCCACGACCCUUUCGAAGGAGCAAAAUUCUUGUGCUCUCCACCUCCUCGUCAAAAUGACGAAGAUCUUGACAUUAUUUGGAAAGCUUUGAAAGACGGUAUUAUUACGAUCUUUUCAUCUGACCACUGUCCAACUAAAUACUAUUCCGAUGAUGGUAAGAAAGUAGCAUUCAAGAAUGGUCAUAAUGGUGAGUUCCAGUGGAUUCCCAAUGGAUGUCCAGGCGUUGAAACAAGGUUAAGUUUAAUUGCCAGCUAUGGUGUUUCCAACAACAGAUUGUCAUGGCAAAAGUUAGUUGAACUAAAUUGCACAAAUCCAGCGAAAUUAUAUGGAAUUUAUCCCAAGAAAGGUGCUCUUAUUCCAGGGCUAUCGGACGCGGAUAUUGUAAUUUGGUACCCCCAGAACAAAUUGCGAGACAAAAUUAGGGUUGAAGACCUACACAGCAAUUGCGAUUAUACGCCCUUUGAAGGCUAUGAUAUUAAUAAUUGGCCACGAUACACAAUUGUUAAGGGAAAGGUUGUAUUUAAAGAAGGUAUUUUGACUGACAUCGGUGAUGGAAAUGGAACUUUUUUACAUAGAGCAAAGAGUCAGCUAGCGUCACCCAGAAAUAAAUGGAUUUCAGAGUGGAGGCCAUCUUACAUAGAAAAAUGUUGA